AUGAAAGCCAAAUUAGAAGGGCUUACCAAAAACCGUUUAAAAAGAGGCAGCUUUGCACAUGAAGCCAAGAAGCUCAACAAAACCUUUGCAAAGCAUCUUGGACAACCCACUACUCCCUUCACUGUUCAAGAUCUACCAGAGCCAUGGAAACAUGACCAAUCCAACCUGACUAUACGUACCAAUGUUCCUGGUCUUUCCCCAGGUACUUCAGAUGAAAUGAUCAAGCUAUCCUUUACACAGGCCAUGAUCCAAGACACAUAUCCGUCAGAGACAUGGACACAUGUGUUCACAGACGGCUCAGCCUCAGCUGCAAUAAAAGGCGGAGGAGCUGGCAUCUUCAUACUGUAUACCUCGGGAAGAUCAGAGACAAAUAGUAUCCCAACCGGGAGGCACUGUACCAACUAUAGAGCAGAGGUUGAGGCCAUCAAACAAGCUAUUAAACUCAUUGAGGAGUCUCCAGAGAGCUGCCCCAACGUGAUUAUCUUCACGGAUGCUCUGUCAGUACUCCAAGCACUGGAAAAUUCCAAACAAACAUCCAUCUCCAGGGUACUGUUCAGUCUAUGCAAAACAAGAGCUGUGUCCUUACAAUGGAUACCUGCACACUGUGGUGUACCUGGAAAUGAGAAUGCAGACAGAUUAGUCAAGCUUGGAGCUGAGAUAACCAGCCACAAAAUGCCAUUACUCACGAGGAGAAGGUGA